AAAGUUAUUUUUUUAUCUUGUAGAAUAAAGUGUGAUGAUUACGUCACUCAAAAGAGGUUGCCAGCAGUCUCCAGUGCGUGAUGACGUAAUCUAUGACGUAUCAUCGGACUUUUCAGAUUCUGCCAGCGUGCAGGAGAAAUCGAGCCCAAACUUGAAUAGUUCGUCGAAAACACGGGAGGAAGAAAUCGGGUCCUUUCAUAUCGUAAGACUGUUGGAUAAUUCCGCGACCCACAGCAGAAAAGUGGCGGAAAAUAAUCGCCAUGAACGAAUGCACUUAAGCAGUGAUCAUCUAAAUGGUCCUGUGCAAUACUCGAAGGAUUUUGGACGCGUGGAAGGUGACAAUCUCGCAACAGAUUUUAAUAGAUUUGAAGGCUCUUCAAUCGGGAGAUCUUUUCCCAAUUUCGCCACUGAAGGGUCGGAGAUUAGGAAAUUAUUCCUCUCGCGUAAGUGGAGCGACGAACAUUCGAAAAUUUCGUCAGUUGGUCCGAAUGAAUUGGCACAUUCGAAGAAUCCACUUGUAGAUGCUUGUGCUGCAAUGGAGCGUCCAGGGUCCUCAGAGUUAGCGUUCAAGUUGGAGGAUAAGAGAGAGAAAUUAAGUGAAGAUGAUUCAAGACGUCUGCAAGAACAAGAAGCUAUAAUUUCGGAUGAAUCCGACAAAGAAAUCACCCCUGGUUCUGAUAUCUCCGCCAACCCUUCUUCAGCAAACAACUUCAGAACGAACUUCCAUGGAAGAGUUCUUCCACAGCAAGACAGUCAUUUAAACCCGCAUAUGAACUUUUUAUCCUAUAUUUACGCCGGAGGACUCGGAAAUCUUUAUCAUCAAUACUCCUCUCUUGGUCUCCCAUUCCUGCAUCACCUGAGAGAAGAACAACGUCGCAUCCAAAGCUCCGGCUAUUUAUACUCGAUACCAGGCUGCUCUGUUCUCCCUGGAAUUCCUUCAAGAAAACCAGACGAACAUCUGAAAUUUCCACCCAGCUGGACUCAUACAGGAUCGGAAGAAGCGCCUCCAGUUCAGCAUCUUCCGCUUCCCGCAUCCACGAACUUCCAACCCCAAGCAACAACUUCGCCCAUCGAGCAAAACCGGUUCAAAUCGGAUGAAACCGAACCUGCAGCCAAAAAACGAAAACUUUCUUCGGAUGGUACAAAAGAAGUUACCCAAUCUAGAAACAACAGUAAGGAACUCAGUGAUAAACUAAAGAAACGACGUAGCAGAACAAUUUUCACAAGCGCUCAACUUGAACAUUUGGAAAAAGCAUUUGAUCUUGCUCAUUACCCGGAUGCAGAAACGAGAGAAAAAUUAGCGAAAAACGCAAAUUUACAAGAAGACAGAAUUCAGGUUUGGUUUCAGAACCGCCGCGCAAAAUGGCGGAAACGAGAGAAUUGUUGGGGCAAGAGUAGCGUUAUGGCAGAAUACGGCUUGUACGGUGCAAUGGUUCGCCAUUCUAUACCUCUACCCGAUACUGUUAUUAAUGCCUGUUACAAGGACGGUCUCAAAAACGAUGCAUUUGCACCCUGGCUUAUUGGCAUGCACAAGAAAACUGUUCAAUCAAAAGUUACUCAUGAGUCACAGCAAAGUCAAUGCUCGAAGGAAGAAUGAAGGAAUUGUUAUCCUAAU